AAGAGGGGCGUCUCAGACUCGGAGGGCCAUUCGGGCGGAGGAGGGCGGCGGGGCAGGACGUGAGGGAGGGGGGCAGCUGCGGCGGUGGCAGCAGUUAGCGUUGGUUGCGAGGGAGCCCCAACAUGGACGACGCCAGGGGCUGAGGCGGGUGGGCAGCCAUGGCCAAGAACGAAGCCCGGUCCUAAACACUCAGGGGUCCCAGGGCGACGCCUGAGUCCGUUCCCUUCCUGAGGGGGGCGUGUUCGUCGCGCAAAGGAAGGAAGGAAGGCAGGCCGCCGCCAUGUCGGGCUCCAAUUCCUCCUCCUCCUCCUCCUCGCAGACCCCUCAGAGGAUGCGGCGCGGCUCCCCCACCAGCAGUAACGGGAGCAGUAGUUGCAGUAACGUCAACAGUAACGGGAACGGAGGGGUCAUAGUAACGGUGGGCGCCGCUUCGUCCAGCAGCAGCAGCCGCCUCCUGCAGCCCAUCCGCGCCACCGUCCCUUUCCAGCUCCUCAGGGGCAGCACGCACAGCCCGACCCGGUCGCCCGUCGCCUCGGUGGGCAGCAGCACCCGAGGAACCUCCGGAGGAGGAGGAGGAGGGAGCCCGCCUCCUCCUCCGCCGCCGCCUCCGAGCAGCUCGACCCCGCCGCUGCUCUUCACCGCGGGCCCUUCGUCCGCCUCCGCUCCCUCGGGAGCAGCCCCCGAUCGGGCGAAGGUGAGGCAGAGGCGCUCCCCGGACCCCGGCUCCAGCAGCAGCAACAACAACAACAACGGCAGGCGGAGGAGCAUCUCGCCUGAGAGGAGGAGCCCCACUUCGCCCGUGUGCCGAGUGGACAGGCCAAAAGCUCAGCAAAUUAGAACAUCUAGUACCAUAAGACGCACCUCUUCGUUGGACACAAUAACAGGACCUUACCUCACAGGACAGUGGCCACGAGAUCCCAACAUACACUAUCCUUCAUGCAUGAGAGAUAAAUCUACUCAGACACCUAGCUGUUGGGCAGAAGAGAUAUUAGAAAAGAGAUCGCAUCAGCGUUCCGCUUCAUGGGGCAGCGCUGAUCAACUCAAAGAAAUUGCCAAACUGAGGCAGCAGCUCCAGCGCAGUAAACAGAGUAGUCGUCACAAUAAAGAAAAAGAACGUCAGUCACCUCUCCAUGGCAACCAUAUAGCAAUCAAUCAGACUCAGGCUUCUCUCUCAAGAUCAGUCCCUAUGCCACUGUCAAAUAUUUCAGUGCCAAAAUCAACUGUUUCACGUGUUUCGUGCAAUGUAGAAGGAAUUAGCCCUGAAUUAGAGAAAGUGUUCAUCAAAGAGAACAGUGGAAAAGAAGAAGUGUCCAAGCCCUUGGAUAUUCCUGAUGGCCGAAGAGCACCAUUACCUGCUCACUAUCGUAGCAGCAGCACACGCAGCAUUGAUACACAAACACCUUCUGUCCAGGAGCGUAGCAGCAGUUGCAGCAGCCAUUCCCCUUGCAUCUCUCCCUUUUGUCCUCCUGAAUCUCAGGAUGGGAGUCCUUGCUCCACAGAAGACAUGCUAUAUGACCGUGACAAAGACAGUGGGAGUAGCUCACCGUUGCCCAAGUAUGCCUCCUCUCCUAAACCCAACAACAGCUACAUGUUCAAACGAGAGCCCCCAGAGGGAUGUGAGCGAGUGAAGGUCUUUGAGGAAAUGUCGACUCGUCAGCCUGUCUCAGCCCCUCUCUUUUCAUGUCCUGACAAAAACAAGGUUAAUUUCAUCCCGACCGGAUCAGCUUUCUGUCCUGUAAAACUUCUGGGUCCUUUAUUACCUGCUUCUGACCUGACACUUAAGAACUCUCCAAACUCUGGUCAGAGCACAGCUUUGAGUACUCUGACUGUUGAGCAGCUUUCCUCUCGGGUCUCUUUCUCCUCUCUGUCGGAUGACACCAGCACAGUGGACUCUGUGGAGGUCUUAGUACAGCAGCCAUCCCAGCAGCCACCACAGCUUUUACAAGAACUGCAGUCUGAAGACCACUCCUCUUCUCAAAACUACGUGGUAAUUUAGAGCAAGGCAGAGUAUCAGUUUGAAACUCAACUGCAUGAGUGGCAAUCUUUUGGGGUGGGGUGGGGAAACAAAGCUACUUAUCAGCUCCUUUCUGUAUUUCAGUGCUGUUCUUGGCAGGGACAGAAAUGCUCCUACUCAGCAUUUUUGUGUGUGUGCAUAUUGGGGUGGGAAGAACAGAAUGCUUGUAGAAUCUGUGUAUCAUUAAGCAUUUUAAAUGGAGACUAUGCAUUUCAUAGAAUGUUUGGCCAGAUUAGUACUGUGUCCUGUGUUCUGUUUCAAAUUUUACAGUAUAAAUAAGCUCUAUAUCAAACAGAGGUUGCCUGUCUAAAUAGAAAAUGUCUUGCUGUGUUGUGUUCUAUGGAAAAUAUUGUACUUCAGGAUUAUGUUUACAAUUUAUCCAGGUAUUUAUGUUUUGAACUUCUGUAAUACAUACAAUGCAAAAAAAAAAAUGGCCACAACAGUUGCACAGUGCCCACCCUAUGGCCUAGCUUCAGGUACUUCUCUCGAAGUCUAAACUCAGGUAACUUGGAAUGUAUAUCACGUUGGGAUAUAAAAUAUUUUACAGCUAAAAAGCUAAAGAGGGUACAUCACUCUUCUGCCUUUCAUUAUUUUAUGCAUUAAUGUUUCCUCAUUACAUUCCACUUCCUUAGAAAAAGUGCAUUCAAAUCUAGAGAAAUAAUUUACCCUGGAUGUGGGUAAACAUGAGGAGAACCAGCAAAUUGUGAUGUAUGGCAUCACAUUGUCGUGUGGUUACGAGUAAAUCAAAUACUGCAUUUACUGUCAUUUCAUUGUGUAAACUGGCAUUUAAAGGUUUCACGUGUUGCACAGUUAAUGACUGUUAAGCAGUUGUGAAUAAAGUGUUCAGUACUAGGCUAUACAUGAGAAACAUUCCAUGGAGUGUGAGAGAGAGAAACAAUUCAAGACAAAAAUGUUUUCAUUUUAAUUACAGGAAAAGAAAGAAAGGAACUAAUCAGGUUUCAACAGGGUUGCAGGAGUAAUUUUUCUCAUGUUUAUGUUGGCAAGUUGAGGACAUGUAAUGCUACUGUUACCAUUUUUAAAAAAAUCUAAAUAAUGUUUAGUUUCUCUUUCGGAUGAAAUGUUUGUUAACGUGCUGGUUGAUAUAUAUAUAUAUAUAUAUAUAUAUAUAUUCAAGCAAAGAUAGCUAAACUUUGUUUUAUUUGUAUGGUGGGUAUUUUGCACCGGCAUUUGAAAAAGAAUCUCUUAAGUAACAUGUAAGAUUUUGUAAAAUAAAAAAAGGAAAGAAAAAAAAGCAAAAAGCAAUAGUUAUGUUAUCAAAGCCUUUGCUAGUACUGUCUGGUUUAGGCCAUUGGCAGGUAGAUUUCUCACCCUUUGAAAGUGGGUGGACAGCCUGUGAGUUGUCUUCACAGGUGCUGCAUAGCCUAGAAGCAACCAGCAGCAUUUCCUUACUGCCCUGGAACCGUGACAGCACUGCUUUUGGAGAUAAUCUGCAAUACAAAGAGGACCCCAAAGUCAAGAGACACUCAAUAUCCUUGGGUCUUUACUUUCAGUUCUGUGGGGGUAGCUUUAUGCAAGUCUAGAAAGCUUGCUUCCUCUGUUCAGGAACUGAAAAGAUUAAGACUGCAGCUGCUGCAGCAUUUAUACUCACUCUGGUAUUUUCUAUUGAGGAAGAAUGGAGGGGGGGAGUUAUAAUAAGGCCUCAGCGAAGAGUACCUAAGAAAAGAAAUAUGGGAAUUAUAUAGCAUGUGUGUGUUGUUGCAGAAUGAAGCCCAGUGUCCUUCUUAUCGUCACCAAAGAAUUUGGUAAUAACCUGUUAGGAAGUGUAGACUUAACAGCCUCUGUACAGUUGUAUGAUUGUAGGGGCAUGCUGAGAGUGGAAGCUUAAAUCUGUUUCAUUUUCACACAGUAAUUUUUAAAAAACCAAUCCAGUAACAGGCAUUUUAACCUUGCUAAUCUCAGGCCUUGGUGAAAGCACUAUAUUGUUUGUAUCUUAAAGCAUAAGGGAAAAGCAUUCAAUUCUUGUGAUGAAAUGUGUAUUCUUUUAAGGUUUUACAGUAAAGUUGACUAUAAUGGCACAUUUCCUUUUUUAUGCUUGUUUUGAAAUAUAACUACAUAGUCAUGGUUUGCAAUGGUACAGUUUAUAGAAAGCUCCAUCUGCUGACUUUUAGAUCAAGAAUGAAUUUUGAUGUACAAUAUUGACAGUGAUGAGAUUUGUUCUGUUUUCCCAUGAGAAACUGCUUAUUAAUUGUCAACAUGCAUUUGUUCUUAGCAUAUUGGAAAGUUCUAAAUGAAAUGUGUUAAAGCUAAUGCUUUGCUAUGUAAAUUUCCCAGCAGUUGUUGAUCUCUAAUAUAUAUCAUACAUACAGCUGUAGAAAGUUGUCAAAUAAUUGUUUCAGGAGUUUUGUACAUAGUUGUACUGCUAUUUCUAGCCACUGUGCUAAACAGUAUUCAGAUUACCACACAAUAUUGCUUCACAUGAGAAAAUGUGUGGCUUUUGUUUUGUAUUUUUUCAGUAUAGAAAUUCUUGUCUUAUUUAAAUAAAAUUAUUAGGAAAAAAUACCCCACACACCCUA